AGCAAUGGACGUUUCUGCUCCAACUCCUCAAGAUCUUCAAAGAAAGCUGUACUUUUUAGUAGAACAGCUCCAGCACAUGGCCAGUGAACUUCCUCCAAAAUAUCAAAUGCGUCUUCCUUAUGAAUUAUUAUCUGGUCUAGCUAAUUCUCUAUUGAAUGAUACAAUAUUUGAGAUUGUUAAGGGGUUAAUGGAAAUUCAGCAUGUUACAGAGAAACAUCUCUUUCAACAACGUCUUCAAUUACUGAACCAACAAAAAAUUGAAAUGCAAGAAGCAUUAUCAUCAACAUCAAUAGACGAAGAAAGAAUAGCAAUAAAAACAGCAUUAUAUAAGAAACAUAAAGAGGAGCUCAAACAAUUGGAUAUGAAGUUAGUUCUGCAAUUGGAUCAGAAAGUAGCAGAUCAGCAAGGUAUUUUAGAAAAGGCUGGUGUACCUGGAUUUUAUGUUACAAAUAAUCCAAUAGAAAUUCAAGUACAAAUGAGACUGUGUGACUUCAUAAUUAGACUAAGCAAAAUGGAAGUUCCAAGUUAA